ACUGACAAGCAGUGAGUGACUAAAAUUUAUUUCUGUUGAAACAAGUGCCAACAAAUUUUAGAUUAGUUUGAUACAUUUACAGUUCGAAAUGGCUUCUUUUUUGGCACGCACUGGUAGUACACUCAUCGAAUCAGUAAAACCCAAAACAGUUGCAAAGAUCCUCAGCUAUGCUCCCAUUGGUCUUCAGCAGGUGAGAAACCUUAAUGUACAGGAACAUGUAUCGUACACACUCCUCAACGAAGGCAACAUCUCAACUCCCAAAUUUGCCGUUGCCAAGAAUGGCAAGGAGGCCGUUGAGAUUGCCCAAAGGCUGAAGACAGAUAAUCUGGUGCUGAAAGCCCAAGUUCUUGCCGGUGGCCGCGGCAAGGGUACAUUCAAGAAUGGACUCAAGGGCGGUGUCCGUGUCGUCUUCAGUCCGGAGUCUGCCGGAGAUUUUGCCAGCAAGAUGAUCGACCAGCUGCUGAUUACCAAGCAAACUGGUGCAGCUGGCCGGAUCUGCAAGAAGGUAAUGGUUGCCGAGCGAAAAUUCCCACGUCGUGAAUUCUACUUUGCCGUUAUGAUGGAGCGGGCGUUCAAUGGUCCAGUGCUAAUUGCAUCAAAGGAGGGUGGCGUUGACAUUGAAGAAGUCGCCGCAUCGGAUCCCGACGCCAUUCUAUACGAGCCCAUUGACAUUGCCAAGGGUCUCACCAAGGAGCAGGCCUGCAAAAUUAUUGAAAAAGUUGGACUAAGCGACAAUGCUGAUGAGCAUGUCCAAAUGCUGCUUAACAUGUACAAGUUGUUUGUCGAAAAGGAUGCUCUAUUGGUUGAGAUCAAUCCCUAUGCUGAAGAUGCCAUGAGUGGUUGCUUCUUUGCCCUCGAUGCCAAGCUGCGUUUCGACGACAAUGCCGAGUUUCGCCAAAAGGAACUGUUUAGCAUGCGGGACUGGACCCAGGAGGAUCCCAAGGAGGUUGAGGCUGCCAAGUACAACUUGAAUUAUAUUGCGCUGGAUGGUACCAUCGGUUGCAUGGUGAAUGGUGCUGGUCUGGCUAUGGCUACCAUGGAUAUCAUUAAAUUGUACGGUGGUGAGCCGGCUAAUUUCCUGGAUGUUGGAGGUGGCGCCACCGCUGAAGCAGUCAAGGCGGCAUUCAAGAUCAUUACGUCGGACAAGAAAGUCAUGUGUUUAUUAGUUAACAUCUUUGGCGGUAUUAUGCGCUGCGAUGUCAUUGCCGAGGGUAUUAUUGCUGCUGCCAAGGAUCUAAAUCUGAACUUACCCAUUGUUGUGCGUCUGCAGGGCACCAAGGUAAAGGAAGCCCGCGAUUUGAUUCGAUCAUCGGGUUUGAAGAUUUUGGCUCGCGAUGAUUUGGAUAAGGCUGCUGAUAUGGCUGUGCACUUGGCACAAAUUGUUAAGCUGGCUCGUGAAAUGAAUAUGGAUGUUAACUUUGAAAUUCCCGAUGCCCAGAAGGACGACAAAUGCAAAAAGAAAAAGUAAGGAAGUGGAUCUAGCCGAAAAUUGAAGAAUAACCAGACCUAAAACGACAAAUUUUUGGAUUUAUGCAAGUUUGAGUUAAGAAAAAUAAUGCAAUCCUUAAAUUUUGCAGAGUUGACGAUUGAAUGCCAAUAACCGUAGUCCUGAUCUUUCCAAUAUCAAUCAAAAUUACAAAAAAUAAACCAGUUUAGUUUGAAAUAAUCAAAA